CCGGAUAGCCCUCGUAUCAAUUAUGCUGUCUUUCCCACUUCUACUAAUUCCAAAAACUACGUUUCUGGAUGCAAAAAUUCUCUACCUGCUGAACUUCAACCUCUUCCUAGGAUCUCACUCUUACAUUUGCAUCGUUGAGCAUCGUUCAACUUCCUCAAAUUGGCUUAGGUUCACAGGAAUGAUGAUGCCGAAGAGGAGGAAGAAGAAGAGGACCAGUAUACCUACGAAAUCCCCCCAAGUGAAGGCCAAGGCAAGAUGUUGGCUGCAGCCCACCAACUGGACACUACGGAGAGCAUGUAUCUCGAUCGUGCGGCUGCAAGGCGCUGCUCCGAACCAAAUAACCUCCAGUCAAGGCCCCGGAUGUUCCUGUCCAAAUCUGGGGCCGACGGAGGCCUUGAGGUGGAAACAUUCAAUUUUGAAGCCUUAGAGAGAGCUCUGCAGAAAGGGAUAAUGAAAAAUGCCAUGGGGAUGCCUCUCUCGGCUCGCCGAGUGUCCCUUCCCGUCUUACCUGCCCCUGGAAUUGAAAUAAAAACUACUACAAACAGAGGUCCUUUCCUGUCCUUGAAGGAAGACAAGGAGCCUCACGAAGAGUCCAUUUACCUGGAAUGUGAGCCCAACGCAGGCAGCAGUCUGAAGAGUGUCCCCUUGCCAGAGGACUGUGGCUUGCAAAACAAAGCCUGGUAUGCAGGCAGUUGUGACCGGCAAACGGCUGAGGCUGCCCUUCUCCAGUAUAAUAAGGACAGCGCCUACCUGGUGAGGCGGAGUUCGCGGCACGGCUGCAGCCAGCCCUUCACUUUGGCCGUCCUUUACAAGAGCCACGUCUACAACAUCCCCAUCCGCUACAUUGAGAGCAGCCACCAGUACUCGCUGGGCAAGGACGGCAGGAGCCAUGAGGAGCUCUUUGACAGCGUUUCCAGCAUCAUCCAGAGCUACACAGAGCGGCCCAUGACACUGAUUGACGGCAAGACUUCCGCCAAGGAGCAGACCUGUCUGAUGUUCCCGGUGAAACCGUGACAGGCUUCAGAGGGAGCAACGGACUUUAUCCCUAAAUUCUCAUAGCGACACCAGAGGCACUCCAAGUGGCUGGCUUCUGGUCAAAGGAAAUCUAGUAUAAUGUCAAGUUUUUAACUUUGUUUUUUUAUAUACAUUAUAACUGUAUUCUCAAUUCACUUCUGAUAUAAUAAAUAAAUCCACCUAUUUGGAGGCA